ACGACCCGGUAUGCUGCUGUGUUUUGUCCUUCAUUAAUCCCUCCUUUCGUCUCGUUUUAGUCAAACUGGAUCGAUAAUUCCGUAAGGGCAGGCCGUUGGUAGCUUCUAUCUGACACGUAUCGACCCUUUACUGGAUAAAAUAACAAGCGAGGGGGGUUGAAAAGCACCGGGAUCCGGCGUGCCCUUCCUUCCUCUGCGCCCCUGUGCGCACAAGCAAAGGAGAUCUUGUUGAAGCCUGCUGCGCACCAAGACGCGCAAAAGGACGUGUAUGCGCACCAAUGAUCGCCGCUAAACUUCGCCACCUCUGACAGACCCUAGAGUCAUUUGGAUAUCGCAUCGCAGUCUGUGCUCAAACACACGCGCGGCAGGACGAUUUGGAUUUAAACGCCAACAAGUGGAAUGUGCUCUUUCACGGGGACCCUGAUCUGCGCUGACACGUGGAUUUGAUCAGUUUAAUGUUACGGCAGACGCGGCGUUAAUAUCCCAUUACAUAUGGUCUGUGGGCGCAGGUUUGAAGCUAUCGACCCGCCGCUUCUCCACAGCGCGUCCUCGGCGGGGCUGGAGCGGACACAGCCGGGGACGCUGAGGAAUGCGGAGCCGGAAUUUAGUCUUUUCCAGCUCACCUGCGGAACUCUUCGCAGCGCAAACCAAAGUGCAUUAGAACUAGGACACCCAGACUGCACAAACACGGGGUCAGUAGGCUACAUAAGCUUCUCCGUGUCUUUUCAUCCUCCAGCCGACCGACGCAGCCGGUGAGCACGCGGGGCGCCAUGCUGAGGCAGAUCCUCCUAAACUCCACCGACUCCCCAGACUUCGACCUGGUGCUCAUGGCCCAGUCCACGCACGCCCCCUCCUCCCUGAACGCCUCCCACGGCGGUUCGGUGAGUGUGGCCGCUCUCCUGAGACCCACCACGGGGCGAGGGGGAGGAGGGCUCCGGGAGGGCGAGCUCCACAAACCGGACCUGAUCACCUACAUUGUCAUGUGCCUACUGCUCUUCCUACUGGUGCUGCUCAUUGUGUUCUUCAUCAACUGCCAGCUCCGGAACUCUUUUUUCGCCUCCAUGCCAUAUGACAGGUCGCUGAGAGAGGCCCGGACCUCCUACAAGUAGGUUAGACCCCCGGGACAAGUCUCUGGGACUUUGGGUCUUAAGUGAGGCUCUCGUGGGGAUUUAAAGGGACAGUUAACCCCCCAUAUCAAAAAUACAUAUUUAACCUCUAACCCGUAGUGCUUUUUAUCUUACUGGAUUGUUUUGGUUUGGAGUUCCCCAGUGUUAGAUAUAUCUGCUGUACAGAUGUCUCAAAUUUAAUAGAACGAGAUUGCACUUGGCUUGUGGUGCUCAAAGCGCCAAAAAAUACAUCUGAAAAACAGCAAUGUCUUAUUCCAGAAAGCUUGACCAAAUUACUCAAGAUAAU